CCCCGCGCCCAAAACUUCGGUUCUUGGGGAGCCCAAAUUUGCCUGCCGCGCAACUUCUACUCUAAUGCAGGGACCAAGGGCCCUGGCAGCGGUUUGCAGCCUGGGGGCCACGCUCCCCAGGCUCAGGCCUGCUCGCUGACCUGCUCCUAGUGCCUGGACCCAGUUGGGGAAGGCGAAACAGGGCGCCCGAGGAGCACCCCGGGAGAGGGCGGGGCACUCCCGUGCCCCGGGGCAGGAGUGCAGGGAGCUCCCGCGCCCGGAACGUUGCGAGCAAGGCUUGCGAGCGUCGCAGGGGGGCACUCGCGAGGGACGGACAGGAAGAGGGCCAGGGGGGACGCCAGAACCCGGGACCACAGCACGGAAACGGCCCGGGGCUGAGCUGCAGUCAGAUCCGGGGAUGGAGGGAGCCGGAGAAGAGGAGUGAGAAGGCCGGGGAGGCAGGCCCUGCUGUCUUCUUGCAGGCGGGCAGCCUGCUGGCAGUGGAGGACCAGGCCGUUCAGGAAAGGAAGGGGUCAGGAGGUCGGGCAGGGCCUCAGCAGGCUCAGACAAGUCCCCAGAAGGGAGCUGCAGGCGCCCUCGAGUCCAGGCCCCAAGCCUGUCUCCGGUUGUCCAAAGAGGGCCUAGGCCAGGCCUCUGGUGCGGAAACUGAGUCACAGCCAGACCUCAGGGCACGGCCUAGACGCUUACGAGCCAAAGUUAGGUGUAGAGAGCAAAGACCUUCGGGGGGUCUCAGGGAGUAGGGGGCUUCAGGCCCUCCCAGUCUAGAGCCGGAUUGGAGAGUUAGACGCUUGUAGAUCCAAGGUUGGAUUGGGGUGGGGUCUCUGGGACGUUGGAUCGCUACGCAAGGAUUGGGGGGAUUCAAGUGCUUAGAGAUCGAAGUCUGUCCUGGGUAGGGGGAGUCAGACAAUUGGAAAGCCUAGGCAGUUAUUUGGGGAGGGGUCUCUGCGCUUUGGCGAAGCGCACAGCUGCAUCUUUUUGGCUUGAGGCCUGAGGCCUUGUCGAGAAGCUUCCGUGAAAGGGUGGGCCAGCCGGGCCAAGAGAAAGAAAGUGAAUAAAUCAGGAAUAUAAGUGGGCGGGGGGGCCCCUGAGAGGGGGGUCGCAAAGGGUGAGACAUGGCCACCAGGCGUUUAACCGACGCUUUCUUGUUGUUGCGGAAUAAUUCCAUCCAAAACCGGCAGCUGUUAGCCGAGCAACUUGCUGAUGACCGUAUGGCACUGGUGUCAGGCAUCAGCUUAGAUCCAGAAGCAGCGAUUGGUGUGACAAAACGGUCACCUCCUAAGUGGGUGGAUGGAGUGGAUGAAAUUCAGUAUGAUGUUGGCCGGAUUAAGCAGAAGAUGAAAGAACUGGCAAGCCUUCAUGACAAACAUUUAAACAGACCCACCCUGGAUGACAGCAGCGAAGAGGAACAUGCCAUUGAGAUAACUACCCAAGAGAUCACUCAGCUCUUCCACAGGUGCCAGCGUGCCGUGCAGGCCCUGCCGAGCCGGGCCCGGGCCUGCUCCGAGCAGGAGGGGCGGCUGCUUGGGAACGUGGUGGCCUCGCUGGCGCAGGCCCUGCAGGAACUCUCCACCAGCUUCCGGCACGCACAGUCGGGCUACCUCAAACGCAUGAAGAAUCGAGAGGAAAGAUCCCAGCAUUUUUUCGACACAUCAGUACCACUAAUGGAUGAUGGAGACGAUAAUACUCUUUACCAUCGGGGUUUUACAGAGGACCAGUUAGUUCUGGUGGAGCAGAACACACUGAUGGUGGAAGAGCGGGAGCGAGAGAUUCGCCAGAUUGUACAGUCCAUUUCUGACCUGAAUGAAAUAUUCAGGGACUUAGGAGCGAUGAUUGUAGAACAGGGUACAGUCCUUGACAGAAUUGACUAUAAUGUUGAACAGUCCUGUAUCAAAACUGAAGAUGGUUUGAAACAGCUUCACAAGGCAGAACAGUAUCAAAAGAAGAAUCGGAAGAUGCUUGUGAUUUUAAUAUUAUUUGUCAUCAUCAUUGUGCUCGUUGUUGUCCUCGUUGGCGUGAAGUCUCGAUAAGUGGCAUUGGGUUUUCGUGUGUGCCGCACGUGUGGAUCUCCCGGGUGUGAGGGGCUUGGCCUGCGCCCCGCCAGCUGCCCGCAGAGGUGCAGCCUCGAGGAAUCUGAGGGCGUCGGGGCAGCGAACCUUUCCAUCCACGGACUCCUCCUCCCCUAGUCCUGCUCAAGCGGUCCGGGGAAUGGGUUUUUGUUUUUCCUUCAUUGUUGAGAAUUUAAGGACCUUUGAUACUGCUGCACAAUAGAGAUUGAGUUCUGGGAUCAGUUAUAAUAUAUAUUUUUUUUAGAAAGAGAAAAUGAGCUGAGAGUUUACAGGCACUGCAGAAGCUGUUCAGUAUUAUAUGUGUAUAUGCUAUUUUUUUAGCAGCCAUGUCUGAGCAGAAUGUUAAAAUAAUUUUUGGAAAAAUUUUCUUUAAACCAUCUGGUUUUUAAGAAAUUUGGUACCAAAAAUUGAUGAGUAGAGGUAAAAAUGCCUCUUCAUCUUUCUCUAUAUAUUUUCCAGUUGAAAACAAAGAAGUCCUUUAAGAAUUUAUAAUCCGUUCCCCAUUAACUUAAUUUAGCUUUUCCAUCACUGUUAAUGAUCAGAGUAACAAAGUGUGAAAAAUAAGAAACCAUCAUUGAUGUUAAUUAACACAUUUAGAUGGGCCAGUUAAAACAGCUUCAUAAGUUUAAAUUAAUUGCAAAUGGAAUAUUCCUGAUUUAAAAUUUUUGCACUGCAUUUUCUACUGUAAACCAAAAGAGGUUACUAAGCAAAACCACCUAAAUUUAAGUUGGUGAUUUAAAUGAAUCUCACAUUAAAAGAAAGCUUGACAGUGUUAGGAAAGCCACCAGACUCAGCCAGUGUGUCCCCAUGGGCAUCCCCAGCCAUCCUUGCUCAAUCCAUUACUUAUAUACUAACUACAUAAUGACCUGUUCAAACCAGACUCUAUUUAAUGAACUGUGAAUUUACACAGAGGCCAUUUUAAAUGGGUCACCCCAUUUAGGAUUAGUGGAUCUCAAAUUAUUAACCAAACAUCACUCCAUUUCAAAGUAAAAUAUUCCACCUGCAAUUUGAUUUAUUGGCUCUUCCGUUGCCACUGAGCAAUGCCCAGGAAGUAGGCACAUUGCCAAGGACUGGGGGCAUCUUGACUAGGAAGCUCCUCGUUUGUGUGAGCGUGGGUCAGAUCGCCAAAGUAGGACUUCAUCAUUUACCUACCUAUUAUCAAUAUGGUGCUUGAAUAUAUUCCUAUAACUGUAGAACAGUGUGGAAAGUGAUGGUAACUUUGAAGUUGUUCAUGUUAUAUUGGCUUUGUUUUAAUUGACACCAGUAGAGUUUUAAUGGUCUCUCUGUAAAUUUUAAUGGCUUUUCCAUUGUUUUUGCUUCUCUUAAAAAGUUUAAGAAGAAUAUGACCUCAUUAAAUGUGCUAUGUUUUAUUUGGACCAGUCACAUAAAA